ACCGGUCAUGGGGAACUCCAGGAGCGGCGCGGUGUCGAAGGAGAUCCUGGAGGAGCUGAAGAUGAACACCAAGUUCACGGAGAUGGAGAUCGUCCAGUGGUACGAGGACUUCCAGAAGCAGUGUCCCAGCGGACGCAUCUCCAAGGAAGACUUUGAGGGCAUCUACAGCCGCUUCUUCCCAGACAGCUCCGCCCAGACCUACGCACACCACGUCUUCCGCUCCUUCGACACCAACGACGACGGCACCCUGGACUUCAAGGAGUACAUCAUUGCCCUCCACCUCACGUCCACGGGGAAGACCGCCCGCAAGCUGGAGUGGGCCUUCUCGCUGUUCGACGUCGACAAGAACGGCUACAUCACCAAGGCCGAGGUCAGAGAGAUCUGCGCGGCCAUCUUCAAACUGAUCCCUGCGGAGGAGCUUGCUGGGCUGCCCAGUGACGAGAGCACCCCCGACAAGAGAGCCGACAAACUGUGGAGCUGCUUCGAUAAAGGAGAGGACGACCGCGUGGCUGAAGCUGAGUUCCUUGCCGGCCUCGUGGACAACGACGCCGCCCUGCGUCUGAUUCUGUACCAACCGACCAAAUAAGCCCUCGUUGGUUCAUAUGGUCCAUGCUUAGUCAUACCCAAAUUAGAGGCAAACGAGCCUGGGUGACAGUUAACUGAUUUGAUUUCGAUGAUUUAAGGUCCAUUAUGAUAUGUUUCUGAUUAACAAUGGCGACUGGAUUCUGAGGGAGAAUCAGCUUGAUGUUUUGAUAAAUGACUUUAUCGGAUGUAAAAUAAUAAUGCACAAACAUUUUCUUACCUGUAUAGUAGAGUUGUCAGGAAUGUCCGCUAAGAACAAUUCAAAACAAACCUAAUCCAUCACCGGACGUCACCUGACACGAUCACAUGAUCACAACUUGGAGAUAGCUAAAGAUGGAAGAUAGUUAGGGUGUGAAGCAAGCUAAGAUGUAAGGAUAGUUAGGGUGUGAACUAGCUAAGAUGUAAGGAUAGUUAGGGUGUGAAGCUAGCUAAGAUGUAAAGAUAGCUAAGACGUAAAUGUAGCUUAUAUGUGAGGCUAGUGAAAGUUUUAUGCUGUUAGCUAAGCCAUUGAACAAAGGUCGAAAGAAACUAGAAAGCAGAGUUGACUUAUUCACUCUAAGCAGGCCUGACUGAUGUUUGAAAGUUGACCUAGUAACCUUCAACCACAGAUCUCGAAUCCCAGCUGUUUUCAAUGUAGUUAAAUAAGAACGUACAGCUUCUGUGUUGUCUGUCCAGAUGCAGAGCGCUGACCUGCAUCUGUAGCCACACUUACAGAUUAGUUUGGUUUCGUAAGCACUAGACCUGCUGCUCUUACUUGACCUAGUUUUAACCAAACAUCUGCCGCGUAGUUCACUGUAUCGCCACGUCCAGCACCCAACAAACCACAGCCACCUUUUCACUAGCAGGGUAUCACACUUCAGAUAUAUAUAUAGAGAUAUAUUCAGAUGUAUGCUACAGAUAUAUAUUUUUAUCAGUUUGUUCAGUCAGUGGAAGGAAGGAACCAAACUCUCUCCUAUGAUGACAAAGUUGACAAUUUUACCAAAUUGUUGAGAGAUGUAGUCACUCUAUGGAAUUUUAAGAAACAAAUGUGAGAAUAAAAAGAUGAAAUAGUCAUCUUUUUAUGGUUGGUGGUGUUUUCAUUAGAGCGUCUCUGAUCGUAACAUAUAACCAGUCUCCUUUACUCUGAAUGAACUUUGAACUCUUUAUCUACACUAUAUUCUCUCCAGCAUUCUCUCUCCGUCUCUCUAAGGGAGAUUACACCCUAACCCUUAAUCUGGGGUCUGAACAUCUGUCUUCCCAAGCCCAGAGGACGGUCCCAUAUCUCCGCUCAUCCUCCUCUCAGAGACAGACGUCUUCUGUCCAUGCAUUCAUCCAUUCACCCACCAUCCGUCUGUCUGUCCAUCCAUUCAUCCAUUCAUCUAUUCAUCCAUCCAGCCAUCAUCUAGGAUCAUCUUCAUAAAACCUUUCCUUGAAUUCAUAUUGUGAGCGACAAAGAGCAGCAUUUCAUUGUUAUAUUAUUAUAUUUUAAUGUGAAAGAACUGACAUCACAGGGUUGUACUGCUACCUCUCAAAAGCCUUUGAGAAGAGCAGACAAUACAUAGAAGUACAAUAAGAGCAUCUUCAGUUCAACCUCCAGUCCGUUGGUAAGGUUUGGCCAAGAGGUUUUGGUCAAAGUCAGAGUAGUGACGUAACCUUCAGUCACAUAAAGCAGUGGUUCUCACCAUGAUUCUACUAGUGUACCCCCUCUUGUGUAACCCUAACCCCCUCUCAGAUAUUCUUUCAGCUGAGUACCCCAUUCACUGGCACUAAAUAAGACAAUAAAGAAUUAA